AAACAAAACAAAUUAAAACAAAAGACCACUCCCAGUCUGCAACUUACAUCUCCAAUGGCUUUCUCUCUCUCCACUUCCCCCAAAUUCUGUCCCUUCUUCCCCAUUUCCGCCAAAUCAUCCCCGUUUUCACUGCCUUCUUUUCUCUAUUUUCGUUCCCCUUCAACACUUUUCCAUUUGGUACCUCCUUCCACCUCCCUCCUCAAGACCUCCAUCAUCCCCUGCUCCCUCAAUCCUAUUUCAACCCCAACCUCUUCCCCUUCCCUCCGCUGCCACCCUGACUACAUCCCUAACCAUAUUCCAGACCCCAAUUAUGUUCGCAUCUUCGAUACCACCCUCCGGGACGGUGAACAGUCCCCUGGAGCCACGCUCACCUCCAAGGAGAAGAUAGAUAUAGGUCGUCAGCUUGCCAAGCUCGGCGUCGACAUUAUAGAGGCUGGCUUCCCUGCUGCCUCCAAAGAUGAUUUCGAAGCGGUGAAGACCAUUGCGAAGGAGGUGGGUAAUGCCAUGGAUGAGACUGGUUAUGUUCCUGUUAUAUGUGGGUUGUCUAGGUGUAAUGAGAAGGACAUCAGAACUGCGUGGGAUGCGGUCAAGUACGCCAAGAGGCCCAGGAUUCACACUUUUAUUGCAACAAGUGGGAUACAUAUGGAAUAUAAGUUGAAGAAAACGAAGAAGGAGGUUUUGGAGAUUGCCGGGAGAAUGGUUCGAUUUGCUAGGAGUUUGGGGUGUGACGAUGUUGAGUUUAGUCCUGAAGAUGCUGGCAGAUCUGAUAGGGAGUUCCUGUAUGAGAUUUUGGGUGAAGUGAUCAAGGCUGGAGCAACUACUCUAAACAUUCCGGAUACUGUUGGCAUAACUUUGCCUAACGAGUUUGGACAGUUGAUUGCUGAUAUAAAAGCCAAUACUCCUGGAAUUCAGAAUGUUAUUAUUUCAACUCAUUGCCAAAAUGAUCUUGGACUUUCUACUGCCAACACAAUAGCGGGGGCUGCUGCUGGCGCUAGGCAAGUGGAAGUAACCAUCAAUGGCAUUGGUGAAAGAGCUGGAAAUGCUUCGUUAGAGGAGGUUGUCAUGGCCUUCAAAUGCAAAGGGGAGUACGUAUUAGGAGGUCUUUAUACAGCAAUUGAUACAAGACAUAUUGUGAUGACAAGCAAGAUGGUGGAAGAGUACACUGGUCUGCUUGUGCAGCCACACAAGGCUAUUGUUGGAGCUAAUGCAUUUGCUCAUGAAAGUGGUAUCCACCAGGAUGGAAUGCUAAAGCACAAAAGUACUUAUGAAAUUGUAUCUCCUGAAGAUAUUGGGCUUGAACGUUCCAAUGAGGCUGGUAUAGUCCUUGGUAAACUUAGUGGACGUCAUGCUCUGAAAGAUCGACUGAAAGAGCUUGGUUAUGAGCUUGAUGAUGAUCAGCUUGGGAAUAUAUUCUGGCGUUUCAAAUCAGUAGCUGAACAGAAGAAGAGAGUUACAGAUGCUGAUCUAGUAGCAUUGGUCUCAGAUGAAGUUUUCCAGCCAGCUGUUGUUUGGAAGCUUGGUGAUCUACAAGUUACAUGUGGAACUCUUGGUCUUUCUACUGCAACGGUUAAACUCAUUGGUGCUGAUGGGAGUCAGCAUGUUGCUUGCUCAGUUGGAACUGGACCAGUAGAUUCAGCUUACAAAGCCACUGAUCUGAUUGUGAAGGAACCGGUUACCCUUCCGGAGUAUUCCUUGAAUGCAGUUACUGAAGGCAUUGACGCCAUAGCUACCACUCGUGUUCUAAUUCGUCCACAGAAAAAUUACACAUCUACUCAUGCUUUGUCGGAUGAAAUAGUUAAUCGAACAUUUAGCGGCACGGGGGCAGGAAUGGAUGUUGUUGUGUCCAGUGUGAAGGCCUACAUUGGGGCAUUAAACAAGGUGUUGGGAUUGAGGGAGUUAAGUUGAAGAACGUGUUGGAUUUUGGGUGAGCUAUUUUUUUCAAAGUAUUGUUUGGUCUAGAGUUAUAAGUUGUCUAGGGUGUGCUAGUUUUUAGUUUAUUAUAAAUAAAUUGUGUAACCCCUUGGAUGGAUCAAUUAAGUGGGUGGUUCAAUUAAGUGUCUGAGGAUUUAAAUUAAGUGUCUGAGGAUUUAAAUUAAAGAAUUAUCUCUUUUUGUAUAACUUAUCGUUGUUAGAUGUACUAAAUAAAUAAAUAAAUUGUUG